CCUCAGCAUAUUUUUGGACUGUGGGAGGAAGCCGGAGUACCCGGAGAAAACCCACGCAUGCACAGGGAGAACAUGCAAACUCCAUGCAGAAAGAUCCCGGGAAAGCCUGGACGCGAACCAGGGACCUUCUAGCUGCAAGGCGAAAGUGCUAACCACUACACUACUGUGCAGCCCCCCUCCGGAACAACUCCUCAGUAAUUCAACAGAGGAGGGAGGGGGUCUGACGGAACAGCCUGCUGGAGCUUCUGCGCAUGAGCGGAACCCUUGGCGGCUGUCCGGCAGCAGACGUUCUCCUGGUUCCUCUGCAGAGAUGUCGUCCCCGUGGUGGUGGUGGGAUCAGCUGGUCAACAAUGGAACCAACCCUCCCAGGUUCUGGGACAACAGCACCUGCUACAACCCGUCUCAGAACACCGUCCUCUCUGGACUCGAGUUUGGAGGAGUUCCCAUCGUCCUGCUGCUCGACUUCAUCGUCUUCCUGGUGCUGGUGAUCAUCUUCUCCAUCAUCAGGAAGAAGUUCUGGGACUACGGACGUUUAGCUCUGGUGGCCGACAACGAAGGGUUCACCGAGUCGACGCAUCGCCGCUAUGGACGCAUGUCGUCGGUUCUGUCCAGCGCAGACGACCACGAGUACGAGGAGGGAUUCUGCUCUUGGCUGCCAUACAUCCUCAGAAUGGACGAGGAAAAGAUCAAAUCCAGGUGUGGCAUGGAUGCCAUCCACUACCUGUCCUUCCAGCGUCAUCUGAUCUUCCUGCUGGGCGUCAUCACGGUCACCUCCUUAGCGAUCAUACUGCCGGUUAACAUGACCGGAGACCUGCUCAGAAAUAACACACAGUACUUUGGACAGACGACUCUGGGGAAUCUUCCAGUGGGAAAUGACCUGCUGUGGCUGCACACGGUGUUUGCAGUUCUUUACUUGUUCCUGACGGUUCUGCUGCUGCAACGUCACACAUCGCAGAUGAAAGACAUGCGCAGAGAAACGACCAGAAACACCUUGUUCGUGUGUUCGGUCCCUAAAACAGCGACAGAGGAGGAUGUAAAGACUCAUUUCUCGGAGGCGUAUCCCACCUGCCAGGUGUGUGCUGUUACUCUGGCCUACGACGUGGCCAAACUCAUGCACCUGGAUAAGGAAAGGUUGCGAGCCGGUAAAAACCUGCGUUACUACGAGCGGAUCCUUGAGAAAACAGAGAAACUAGAGUUGAUCAACCCACGUUUGUGUGGUCACCUCUGUUGCUGCACCAACGUUGAAAAGGUUGAUGCCAUCGAGUACUACAGCACCAAAGAGAAGGAGCUGCUGGUGGAGGUGAGGAAACAGGCCGAGGUGGUUCCACAGCACCCUCUAGGGAUCGCCUUCAUCACCCUACAGAACGAAGCCAUGGCCAAGUACAUUUUAAAAGACUUCAACGCUCUGGAAUGCGGUGGCGCGAGCUGCUGCUGCGGGAGGGAACCUCAACCUUCCACCAACAGCAAAGCUCUGAGGGUGAACAAGUGGCGGGUCAGCUUCGCUCCUCAUCCCAGAAACGUGUACUGGGAAAAUCUCUCCGUAAGUGGUUUUUCCUGGUACAUACGCUACUUGAUGCUAAACUUCUUCGUGGUCUUAGUGCUCACCUUCCUCACGACUCCCACCAUCAUCAUCAACACCAUGGACAGGUUUAACGUGACGAAGCCCAUCACCUUCCUCAAUAGUCCCAUCAUCAGCCAGUUCUUCCCCACGCUGCUGCUGUGGUCCUUCUCUGCCCUGCUGCCCACUAUAGUGUAUUAUUCUACCCUGGGAGAGGCUCAUUGGAGCAGGUCCAGCGAGCAGCUGAGCAUGAUGCGAAAGUUGUAUUUCUUCCUGCUCUUCAUGGUGCUGAUCCUCCCCUCGCUGGGACUCACCAGUCUUGCUGUCUUUUUCCGCUGGCUGUUUGACAGAAAGUUUCUCACUGAUGGAAAACUGAGAUUUGAGUGUGUGUUUUUACCUGACCAAGGAGCUUUUUUCGUCAACUACGUGAUCGCAGCGGCUCUGGUGGGCUCUGGGAUGGAGUUGCUGCGGUUGCCAGGGCUACUGCUGUACGCCAUCCGUAUGACGCUCGCUCGCUCUGCUGCAGAGAGAAAAUACGUCAAACAGAACCAGGCCUAUGAGUUUGAAUAUGGAGCGAUGUACGGCUGGACUCUGUGUGUUUUCACCGUCAUCAUGGCCUACAGCAUCAUCUGUCCCAUCAUCGUACCUUUUGGUCUGCUGUACAUGCUGCUCAAACACCUGGUGGACAGACACAACCUGUACUUCGCCUACCUGCCGACCCGCCUCAACCGUCAGGUCCAUCUGGGAGCCGUCAACCAGGCUCUGGCUGCACCCAUCAUCUGCCUCAUCUGGCUCUACUUCUUCUCCGUCCUCAGAGCAGGAUUCUGGAGGUCCACGUCUCUGUUCACUCUGGUGGUUCUCUGCAUCACCGUGUUUUUCUGCCUCGGCUACACCUGCUUCGGACACUUUAAAUACCUCAGUCCUCACAACUACGCCGUCAAAGAGGAGGACGAGGAUAAAGGAGAAGGAGUGGAAGAAAACUCCACGGUUUACCUCCCCAGAGUCCUGAAUCCUAAAUCCCCCGUCGACAGCCCUCAGAGGUCCAAACCUCAGCAGUCUUACGGUUCUACGGAUGAAAUUCCGGCUCCUGAACCCAGUCCGGUGGAGGAAGACGCUUCGGAAGCUUGAAUUAUUCUGUUUCGGCUCCUGACUUUGUAAAAAGAAAAAAAAAUAGAGUUUGAACGCCGGUUUCCUCAGACCGGCUUAACUUUUAUAUCUGCCACGACAUUAAAACCACUGAAGGGAACAUCUGGAGAAGUUUGGUCCUUUGACACAACUAGAAAAACUGCUGGAGGAACGCGACCAAGAGCCCCAAACUGUUGAUUGAUGACCUCCAGACUUCCCAAAUUCAAUCUUCACCACAGGAACCAAAGGAUCCACUGCCAACCUCCUUCUCCAGAGGUUCCAUCUUUGUGAUUCGGAGGUCUUUUAACGGUACAAAAAAGUCCUGAAACCCACAUUUUGGUGUAAAAUCCGACCAUUUCGACCUCACUGAUGACCCCGACCGCCCCAAAACGAACAGCUACUGGACUUAACUCCAGUUCUAGGUAGGAAAUAGAACAAUGGAGGUUUGUUUUGUUGACAAAAAUGUUGAAUUUUCCAUUUUUCAAACACGGAUCCUGGACCAGGACAAAGGAAAAUAACUUUAACCAACCAGCGUCAGGACCUGAACAGGAGUUAUUCAGGACCGAAACACUGGAAACUUCGCUAAAAGAGGUUCUAGUAGACGGUUCUUGAAGUCGGAACAUGCAGAAGUAAACAACCCAACAUCAGGCCGGUGGUUUUAAUGUUGUGGCUCUGCGGUUUAAGAGCAAGAAGACAAACAGAAGGUUUAUUUGGUAAUCGGUGAAUCAUUUUUGCACUAGCGGAGCUUGAAAUAAAUCUGCUGUGAAGGACCAAUUCACCAAUUCUCACCUUUGAAAUGAAGCCAUGUGGAAGCUGAUAAUGAAGCCCACAGAUACCAAAGAGGUGGAAACGUCUGCUGAAGGAAGACCUUGACGUAUUUCUGUUGUUUACCAAAAAAAGAGCUUUUUGUAAUUUAAUUUAAUAAUAUUAAUUUCUAUCAGUAUUGAAGGAGCUUUGCAACCAAAAGAAGUUUCAUUGUUUUUUGGGGUUGGAUGACGACAGAAUGUUUAAAGAGGUCAACUUUUAUGUAACUUUGCAGCGUUUUUAUGUUUAAAUGUACAAUUAACGAGGAACUAAAUGCUGAAGGACUCUUUGUUUGUUGUUUGACCAAUCAGAUUGUGUAAAAAAAAACUAAAAGUUGGGGAUUUUAGCUGCAACUGAGAAGCUAAAAAACUGUUUAAAAAGAUCUGCUGUUGGUUUCACAGACAUGUGUUUUGUUUUUUUGUAUGUGUUUUUCAAAAAAAUUGCCAAAAUUAUACCAUUUUUCAGAUCCAGAAUCUGUAAAAACAAAAAAAAUCACUGGAUUUCCAGCUCUCCAAUGGUCCCUGAACUAAACGUGUAAUGUUUAGUUUCAAGAAAAUUAACCAAAUUUAGGCCUUAAAUUUUUACAUUUCUAUCAAAUUCACUGAAUUCUAUACUAUUCCUUUAAUAAGCCUCCAAAAAACAACCAUUUGCACCAACCAGAUUCUGUAAAAAACAACUUUUUUAGGUCUGCUUUGUAUUUUUUCUAGAUGUUUUUUUUUUUAAAGGGCAAAAUUUCACCAUUUAUCAGGGCCAGAAACUGUAAAAUCAAAAGAAAUAUUGGAAGUUUAGCUUUCCGAUGGUUCCUAAACUAAACAUGUGAUGUUUAGUUUCAUCAGGAAAAUUAACCAAACUUAAGCUUAAAGUUUUUAUAUUCACUUAAUUCGAUACGACUCCUUUCAAAAUCCUCUAAAUAGAAACCAUUUGCAGUAAUAAGAUUCUUCAACAAAGUAAAAAUUUCAAGCUUUUUGGUGCAACUGAGAAGUUAAAACAACAAAAAACUUUUUAAAAAAUCGGUUUUAAUUGUAAAAACAGAAAAAUCUAGAUUUCCAACUCUCCGAUGGUCCCUGAACUAAACGUGUGUGACAUGCAGUUUCAUCAGGAAAUUAUAAUUUUAUUAUUUAAUAUUAUUAAUUUCUAUCAGUAUUUAAGGAGCUCUGCAGCUUAAUUUUAAUGUUUUUUCGGGGUCUAAAGAGGUCAACUUUUAUGCGAUUUUGCAGCUUUUUUAUGUUUAAAUGUGGAAUUAUUAACGAGGAACUAAAUGUUAAAAGACUUGGUUCAUUGUUUGACUUUUGUCAGGUUUGUAUUAAAGAGUCUCGUGCAGUUUUGAA